GUAAAUAGAGGAACACAGGGGUCUGUACAAGGACGUGAUGAUGGAGAAUCACCGGCCCCUCACAUCACUGGAUGGGCCCAGUAACAGAGAUACCCCAGAGAGAUGUCCCCGUCCUCUGUAUUCCCAGGAUUGUACAGAGGAGAAUCACAGGACCCCACAGGAGGAUCAGGUAGAACAUCUUUCUCGUAUAAAGGCAGAAGCUAUAAGGAGAGUAGAAGAGACGUAUGUGACUGAUAUAAAGGCUGAAGAUAUAGAGGAAGAAGAGGAGACGUAUGUGACUGAUAUAAAGGCAGAAGAUGUAGAUGGAGAAGAAGAGACGUAUGUGACUGAUAUAAAGGCAGAAGAUACAGAGGGAGAAGAAGAGACGUAUGUGACUGAUAUAAAGGCAGAAGAUAUAGAGGGAGAAGAAGAGAUGUAUGUGACUGAUAUAAAGGCAGAAGAUAUAGAGGGAGAAGAAGAGACGUAUGUGACUGAUAUAAAGGCAGAAGAUAUAGAGGGAGAAGAAGAGACGUAUGUGACUGAUAUAAAGGCAGAAGAUACAGAGGGAGAAGAAGAGACGUAUGUGACUGAUAUAAAGACAGAAGAUAUAGAGGGAAAAGAAGAGACGUAUGUGACUGAUAUAAAGGCAGAAGAUAUAGAGGGAGAAGAAGAGACAUAUGUGACUGAUAUAAAGGCAGAAGAUAUAGAGGGAGAAGAAGAGACGUAUGUGAGGGGUGAUCAGCAGUGUAAGGAGGAGGAGAUCCCUACAGAUAUCAGCACAGCAGAUGGACACACAAGCAGGAAUAUCUCAGAAGGACAUCUAAUGUUAUCCCUGGAUUCUGAAAUAACCGAUAACGACAGUAGACAGGAUUCUCCAGGAGCUAACCCCAUUACCCCAAUUAUACAUCCAGCUCUAUCAGCUGGUCUCUCUGAUCCUGGGAAAUGUUCUCCUGAUCACUCUGAUAUUGGUGCAUCUGUUACAGCUCUGACAGUAGAUACAGUGUUUCCCUGUUCUAUAGAUGCCAAAUGUUUUACACAGAACACAAAGCGUAUUACCAAUCAGACAGCUAAGGCAGGUGAGAGUCCAUUUCCAUGUUCUGAGUGUGGGAAAUGUUUUACAUAUAAAUCAUAUCUUGUUAGACAUGAGAGAAGUCACACAGGUGAGAAGCCAUAUUCCUGUUCUGAGUGUGGGAUAUGUUUUACACAGAAAUCAGCUCUUGUUAUACAUCAGAGAAGUCACACAGGUGAGAAGCCAUUUUCCUGUUCUGAGUGUGGGAAAUGUUUUGCACUGAAAUCACAUCUUGUUCCACAUCAGAGAAGUCACACAGGUGAGAAGCCAUUUUCCUGUUCUGAGUGUGGGAAAUGUUUUGCACACAAAUCAUAUUUUGUUAUACAUCAGAGAAGUCACACAGGUGAGAUGCCAUUUUCCUGUUCUGAGUGUGGGAAAUGUUUUGCACACAAAUCAUAUUUUGUUAUACAUCAGAGAAGUCACACAGGUGAGAUGCCAUUUUCCUGUUCUGAGUGUGGGAAAUGUUUUUCAUCGACAUCACAUCUUGGAAGACAUCAGAGGAGUCACACAGGUGAGAAGCCAUUUUCCUGUUCUGAGUGUGGAAAAUGUUUUUCAUCGACAUCACAUCUUGUUAUACAUCAGAGAAGUCACACAGGUGAGAAGCCAUAUUCCUGUUCUGAGUGUGGGAUAUGUUUUACACAGAAAUCAGCUCUUGUUAGACAUGAGAGAAGUCACACAGGUGAGAAGCCGUAUUCCUGUUCUGAGUGUGGGAAAUGUUUUGCACACAAAUCACAUUUAGUUAUACAUCAGAGAAGUCACACAGGUGAGAAGCCAUUUUCCUGUUCUGAGUGUGGGAAAUGUUUUUUAUCGACAUCACAUCUUGUUAUACAUCAGAGAAGUCACACAGGUGAGAUGCCAUUUUCCUGUUCUGAGUGUGGGAAAUGUUUUGCACACAAAUCAUAUUUUGUUAUACAUCAGAGAAGUCACACAGGUGAGAUGCCAUUUUCCUGUUCUGAGUGUGGGAAAUGUUUUUCAUCGACAUCACAUCUUGUUAGACAUCAGAGGAGUCACACAGGUGAGAAGCCAUUUUCCUGUUCUGAGUGUGGGAAAUGUUUUUCAUCGACAUCACAUCUUGUUAGACAUCAGAGGAGUCACACAGGUGAGAAGCCAUUUUCCUGUUCUCAGUGUGGGAAAUGUUUUGCACGGAAAUCAGUUCUUGUUAAACAUCAGCGAUUUCACAGAUGAGAAGCCAUUUUCAUGCUGUGAGAGAAAUAAAUCUGCUCUUGUUGAACAUAUUAGACAUUACCCAAGUACGGAACCAUUUACAUCUUCUGGAGUAUAAUUAUCACUGCCGUCCAAUGUUCCUCAAGGGUGAAUACGAUCUCUUAUGCUUUAUAAAAUAUACAUGCUACCACUGGGUGAUAUAAUCAGACGUCAUGGCCUGGUCUACCACUGCUAUGCAGAUUGCCUGCUUUUUGCACCAUGUACUGAGAACCUAAUACCAAUCCUAAAUGGUUGUCUAGCUGAGCGCCUGGGGUUGAUGAUGCCAGUUGGCUGUGACUCAGUCUUUGUGAAACAUAAUAGAAGCUCACCAACAAAGGACAAGACUACAGCUUUACCAACCAUCUGGAUUUUUGCUUUGGUGUUCAGAAUUGCAAAAUACUAAACAUGUGCUGAAUCUUUGUGUUGUCCUGGUAUGUGGCUGACACAGACAUCAGGUAUCUGCCACAUACUAAUCCUAAUUCUUCCAUCUGUGGACCAUAGCCAGAAUCAAGCACUUGAUUCCCUCAGAAGUUCAUAGACUACUGCAAUGCCAUCUACCUGGGUCACCCAGCAAAAGAAUUACAGAGCUUGCAGCUAGUACAGAAUGCAGCAGCCAAGCUGUUACCUAACCAGCUCAUUCCUGCCACAUAACACCCAUUCUCUACUCCCUUCACUGGCUGCCUGUAAGAUGACAAAUCUAUUUCAUAAUUGGCUAACUGACCUUCCCAGCCCAACAUUACAUGGUCCAAGGUACAGGUUGAGUCUCCCUUAUCCAAAAUGCUCGGGACCAGGGGUAUUUUGGAUAUGGGAUUUUUCCGUAUUUUGGAAUAAUUGCAUACCAUAAUGAGAUAUCAUGGUGAUGGGACCUAAAUCUAAGCACAGAAUACAUUUACGUUUCAUAUACACCUUAUACACACAGCCUGAAGGUAAUUUUAGCCAAUAUUUUUUAGAACUUUGUGCAUUAAACAAAGUGUGUGUACAUUUACACAAUUCAUUUAUGUUUCAUAUACACCUUAUACACACAGCCUGAAAGUCAUUUAAUACAAUAUUUUUAAUAACUUUGUGUAUUAAACAAAGUUUGUGUACAUUGAGCCAUCAGAAAACAAAGGUUUCACUAUCUCACUCUCACUCAAAAAAGUCCGUAUUUCGGAAUAUUCCGUAUUUCGGAAUAUUUGGAUAUGGGAUACUCAACCUGUACUAGAAGCAGCUUCUGCCUCCUUACUGCCCUGCUUGCUUGCUUGCUUCUACAGAUGGACUGUUACCAGCAGUACCAAGAAUCUCCUGUCAUUCAUUUAUGGGUUGAACGUUUAGCUUUGACCAUGGAACUCACUGCCUUGCACAGUCCAAGAGGCCUGCACUCUAGAGACCUUCACAAGCAGACUGGUGACUGUUACUCACACUUUUCAUUAAUGUACCUCUAUUUACUUCCUAAAUAAUACAUCCCAAAUGCUUAGGUCUUUUUUCUGCUGUUUAUUUUGUAUCUUGUGCUUUAUGUAAAUGUGAAUGUCUAAUACCAGUUUGCACAAUCUGUAUUGCUGCACGACAAUAUGGCGGCCAUUGGAACGUGUUUUCACUUCUUCUAGUUUGCCUAACUUGUUGCAGACACUCAUCUUGAUCAGGAGUGUCGAGUGUUUUCUUAUACAAGAUCCUGUCCAUAUAUACACCCUGUACAUUAUCAUGUGCAUUAGAGUCACCCGGGUUCCAUCUGCGGUGGUUUGUUGUAUGUUACAUCUAUAUGGUGCGGAUACUCCCCUGUGUUUCAUAAUAAAAGCUUUUGUUUGCAUCUAAUUAUUACAUUAAAGCUUUUAUUUUUUAUUCUG